GUCACAGUGAGUAACUCCACCUCCUCCAGCUGAUUUCUGCAGCUUCUCUGAUUUAUUCUCUUAAAUCAUCCAAAUGUCAGGAUCAAAGAUGGCCGCCACACAAAGUGACAUUCAGCUCUGAUUUCCAUGAAGCAGUAAAAUCCUCCAAACAGCUCCAUGAGGCCAUCUAGUGGACUGAUAGAAGUAGAGCAGCUGAUGUCAGCUUCCUCUGCUCUGACUCGUCCUCACCACUGACCAAUGAGAACCAGCAGCAUCUUCUCUGUCCAAUAACAAACCACUAUUGAUCCAUGUGUUGAUCAGUUCUCUGUGUUGAGUAAAUGAAAUGUGAUAAAGUGAUGAGAAAAGGCCCUCAGUAGUUCCCAGAGUUCAGUCAUGUUUUCUAACUGCUUCUUUAGUCUGAGCAACAGUCCAACAAGCCAAAAGGAUUCAACUGACACUGAUAUGACACAGAGACAAGCAGCCAAUCAGAGCACCAGCUGCUGAUUUUUGGCUUUUUUACCAGGAGAAAUUAUGUGAGGGAUGAAUGAGUGAUGAUGUGCUGAUGAAUGAUUGGACUGCUGCUCUCAGUGUUUCCUCUCCAGAUGAAGGUGUGGACUCUGCUAUGAGUCAGUGUGAGGACAGAGAGGAGGGAGUCCCUCCCUCUAAAGCCACUCUGUGUGGGGAAUAUGACAGCCAGACCAAAGCUCAGAGCCCAGAGAAGCAGGACGGACCUGGACCUGGACCUGGACCUGGACCUGAACAUGGACCUGGACCUGGACCUGGACCUGGACCCAGCUGUGUGUCCAUGAAGAGUGAUUGGUCUAUGGGUGGUUUGAUAGACUUCAAAGAUGGACGCCACUCUGUUGAUCAAAGGAGGAAUCUGGAAGAACCUGAACCCAGCUGUGUGUCCAUGAAGAGUGACCAGUCUAUCGGUGGUUUAAUAGACUUCAAAGAUGGACGCCACUCUGUUGAUCAAAGAGUGGACCAGGAGAGCUCAGAGGUUCCCAGUGGUCAGUCUGCCCAGCAGCAUCAAACACACCUGGACUCCAUAUUUAUGCUGCUGGAGGAGGAAAUCGGGACUUUUGUGAAGAACGAGCUGAAGAAGAUCCAGAAGGUGCUGAGUCCAGAUUACCCAGAAUGCUUAGAGAGUCAGAGGGAGGAUGAGGAGGUGUUGGACGGUGAGGAUGAAGAGCAGAGGAGGAGCAGCAGAGAGGCAUUUCUGAAGAUCACACUGCACUUCCUGAGGAGAAUGAAGCAGGGAGAGCUGGCUGACCUUCUGCAGAGCAGAAAUCCUGCUGCAGGUGGUAGGCGUAAACUUAAAUAUAACCUGCAGAAGAAGUUCCAUUGUGUGUUUGAGGGGAUUGCUAAAGCAGGAAACCCAACUGUUCUGAAUCAGAUGUUCACAGAGAUCUACAUCAUAGAGGGAGGGGCUGCAGAGGUCAAUGAUGAACAUGAGGUCAGACAGAUUGAAACAGCAUCCAGGAAACCAGACAGACCAGAAACAAGAAUCAGACAAGAAAACAUCUUUAAAACCCCACCUGGAAGAGGAGAACCAAUCAGAACAGUGAUGACAAAGGGAGUGGCUGGCAUCGGGAAAACAGUCUUAACACAGAAGUUCACUCUGGACUGGGCUGAAGACAAAGCCAACCAGGACAUCCAGUUCACAUUUCCAUUCACCUUCAGAGAGCUGAAUGUGCUGAAAGAGAGAAAGUACAGCUUGGUGGAACUUGUUGAUUACUUCUUUAGUGAAACCAAAGAAGCAGGAAUCUGCAGGUUUGAAGAGGUCAUGUUCAUCUUUGAUGGUCUGGAUGAGUGUCGACUUCCUCUGGACUUCCACAACACUGAGAUCCUGACUGAUGUUACAAAGUCCACCUCAGUGGAUGUGCUGCUGACAAACCUCAUCAGGGGGAAACUGCUUCCAUCUGCUCGCCUCUGGAUAACCACACGACCUGCAGCAGCCAAUCAGAUCCCUCCUGAGCGUGUUGACAUAGUGACAGAGAUCAGAGGGUUCACUGACCCACAGAAGGAGGAGUACUUCAGGAAGAGAUUUAGAGAUGAGGAGCAGGCCAGCAGAAUCAUCUCCCACAUCAAGACAUCACGAAGCCUCCACAUCAUGUGCCACAUCCCAGUCUUCUGCUGGAUCACUGCUACAGUUCUGGAGGACAUGUUGAAGACCAGCGAUGGAGGGGAGCUGCCCAAGACUCUGACUGAGAUGUACAUCUACUUCCUGGUGGUUCAGUCCAAGGUGAAGAACAUCAAGUAUGAUGGGGGAGCUGAGACAGAUCCACAUUGGAGUCCAGAGAGCAGGAAGAUGAUGGAGUCUCUGGGAAAACUGGCUUUUGAGCAGCUGCAGAAAGGCAACCUGAUCUUCUAUGAAUCAGACCUGACAGAGUGUGGCAUCGAUAUCAGAGCAGCCUCAGUGUACUCAGGAGUGUUCACACAGAUCUUUAAAGAGGAGAGAGGACUGUACCAGGACAAGGUGUUCUGCUUCGUCCAUCUGAGUGUUCAGGAGUUUCUGGCCGCUCUUCAUGUCCAUCUGACAUUCACCAACUCUGGAGUCAACCUGGUGUCAGAAGAACAAACAACAUCCCGGUGGUCUGAAGUGGUCAGAGACAAAUCAACACGUUUCUACAAGAGUGCUGUGGACAAGGCCUUACAGAGUCCAAAUGGACACCUGGACUUGUUUCUCCGCUUCCUCCUUGGUCUUUCACUGAAGACCAAUCAGAGUCUCCUACAAGGUCUGCUGACACAGACAGGAAGUAGUUCACAGACCAAUCAGGAAACAGUCGAGUACAUCAAGAAGAAGAUCAGUGAGAAUCUGUCUGUAGAGAGAAGCAUCAGUCUGUUCCACUGUCUGAAUGAACUGAAUGAUCGUUCUCUAGUGGAGGAGAUCCAACGGUCCCUGAGUUCAGGAAGUCUCUCCACAGAUAAACUGUCUCCUGCUCAGUGGUCAGCUCUGGUCUUCAUCUUACUGUCAUCAGAGAAAGAUCUGUACGAGUUUGACCUGAAGAAAUACUCUGCUUCAGAAGAGGCUCUUCUGAGGAUGCUGCCAGUGGUCAAAGCCUCCAACAAAGCUCUGCUGAGUGGCUGUAACCUGUCAGAGAGAAGCUGUGAAGCUCUAUCCUCAGUUCUCAGCUCCCAGUCCUCUAGUCUGAGAGAGCUGGACCUGAGUAACAAUGAGCUGCAGGAUUCAGGAGUGAAGCUGCUGUCGGAUGGAUUGAAGAGUCCACACUGCAGACUGGAAACUCUUGGACUGAGUGGCUGUAACCUGUCAGAGAGAAGCUGUGAAGCUCUGUCCUCAGUUCUCAGCUCCCAGUCCUCUAGUCUGAGAGAGCUGGACCUGAGUAACAACGAUCUGCAGGAUUCAGGAGUGAAGCAGUUGUUGGCUGGACUGAAGAGUCCACACUGCAGACUGGAAACUCUCAGUCUGUCAGGAUGUCUGAUCUCAGAGGAAGGCUCUGCUUAUCUGGCCUCAGCUCUGAGCUCCAACCCCUCCCAUCUGAGAGAACUGGACCUGAGCUACAAUCAUCCAGGAGACUCAGGAGUGAAGCUGCUGUCGGCUAGACUUGGAUUGGACACUCUCAGGACGGACCACGCUGGACCGCAGUGGUUGAGACCUGGACUGAGGAAGUCGUCCAAAACUGAGGAGUUUAAAUGUUUACAUUUUUUUUCAGUAAUUGUAGUAAAGUUGUUAAUAAAUCAACUGAUGAUAACCUGCAGCUGUGUCUUGUACUCUCCAUCAGAUGUCUGUGAACUGGAACUGGACACAAACACAGUAUACAGCAAACUCCAACUGUCUGACAACAACAGGAAGGUGACAAAUGUGAAGGAGGAUCAGUCAUAUCCUGAUCAUCCAGACAGAUUUGAAUCCAAUCCUCAGCUGCUGUGUAGAGAUGGUCUGACUGGUCGCUGUUACUGGGAGGUCGAGAGGAGAGGAGAGGUUUAUAUAGCAGUGAGUUACAGAGGAAUCAGCAGGAGAGGAACCAGUAAUGACUGUGGGUUUGGGUGGAAUGAUCAGUCCUGGAGUCUGAGGUGCUCUGAUGGUGGUUACUCUGUCUGGCACAAUCACAUAAUAACAGACCUCACUUCCUCCUCUGUCUCUAACAGAGUAGCAGUGUAUGUGGACUGUCCUGCUGGCACUCUGUCCUUCUACACAGUCUCCUCUGACUCACUGAUCCACCUCUACACUUUCAACACCACAUUCACUCAGCCUCUUUAUCCUGGGUUUAGGGUCUGGUUUGGUUCCUCAGUGUCUCUGUGUCCUCUGUAGGACUGAGAGUCUCUCCUGUGGAAAGAAACACUGACUCAAGUUCAGUCUGUU